AAUGCCGAUCGCGUUUUUCCCCCCGUGUGUGUAUUCCAAAGACAAUAACCAAACAACGCGAAACGCGCAGAGAAUAUCAUUUAUCGCGUAAUCGCGUACGAUUUUUCACCACUGCGGACUGUGCGUAAAAUUGUUUUUGUUUUCGUUUUUCGCGUGUGUCUUUCACGUCGGCCGCUAAUGGUGGUCGCGUCGUGAUAAAAUAGCAUCAACAAAAACAACGUCGGCGGUACGCGCCUAAUCACAACACUAGUCCUUCUCAAACCCGUCGUGUCGGCGUCCGAUGUGAUAUUCAACGUACAUAGCCAACGAAACACCGGGAAACGCAAUGGCAUCGGACGAGGAAGUCGAGGAGUCUUUUACCGAAGAAUAUGAUGACCCAUCUAGUCGUGUAGAAAAUUCAUUUGAUUCCGAGGAAGAAAAACGAAUAGAGGAGGAUGAUGAUGAAUAUGAUCCUGAUGGUCGUAAAAAAAAACGGGGUAAAAAACGUAAAGCAAAGAGUGAUUCUAAAAAAGAAAAGAAAAAGAAGAAACGAAAAAGGGGUGGCGAUAGUGCUGAGGAGAGUGAUUUUGGUAAUUUUGAAGAAGAAACUACAGCUGCUAAUGAUUCAGAUUAUUCUAACCGAAAAUCUAAGAAAUCUAAAAAUUCAUCUUCUAAACACCAUCAACCAAGCACGUCUCAAGAUAAUAAUGGCACUGGAAUGCCAUCAGUCGAGGAAGUCUGCCAAACAUUUGGUUUACAAGAUGUAUCCAUUGAGUACACAGAUGCAGACUAUCAAAACUUGACAACUUAUAAACUAUUUCAACAACAUGUUAGGCCUAUUCUUGCUAAAGAAAACCCAAAAGUUGUAAUUGCUAAAAUGAUGAUGUUAGUAUCUGCAAAAUAUCGUGAUUUUUGCCAACAAAACCCUCAUCAAGAACAACCAGAUUUUGAACUAGAAUAUCAGCCUAAGAGUUCUACAUCAAAACACAAGGUAUGUGAAGUAAAAUCUAGAUCAGUGGAUGAAUUAGAUGAGUUAGAGGAAGAAGAAGAAGAAGUAGAAGUCGAAGAAAAAAAGAGUAAAAAACGAAGUAAUCGUGGAAAACGCAGUGGUGGAAGUGGUGGAAAUAAAAGGAAUUCUCAAGGAUCUACCUCUAAAGUUCCCACAUUAAAAAUUAGGCUUGGAAAACGCAAACAAGCAAGUUCUGAUGAUGAUGGAGAAGGUACAGCAGCUGGAGAUACUCAAGGUGAUUCUGAUGCUGAGUUUGAACAAAUGUUGCAAGAAGCUGAAGAAGGUGCAGCUGCUGAAGCUGAAGCUGCUGAAAAGAAAGUAGAAGAUGUCGAUACUCCUAAAAAGAAAGCAAAAACUAAAAUUGGGAAUAAGUCAAAAAAGAAGAAGAAAACUAAAAUGACUUCCAAAUUCCCAGAUGGUAAUGGUGAUGGAGAAGAUGGGUAUGAGCAAACCGAUCAUCAAGAUUACUGUGAAGUCUGUCAACAAGGCGGAGAGAUCAUCUUAUGUGAUACUUGUCCUAGAGCAUACCAUCUUGUUUGUUUGGAUCCAGAAUUGGAAGACACUCCUGAAGGAAAAUGGUCUUGUCCACAUUGUGAAAGUGAAGGUGGUCAAGAGCAAGAAGAAGAUGAACAUCAAGAAUUUUGCAGAGUUUGUAAAGAUGGAGGUGAACUUUUGUGCUGUGAUUCAUGUCCUGCAGCUUAUCAUACAUUCUGUUUGAGUCCUCCUAUUACUGAUGUGCCAGAUGGUGAUUGGAAGUGUCCUCGAUGUUCGGCAAAAACAUUGCCUGGAAAAGUGUCAAAAAUUUUAACAUGGCGUUGGAAACCAUUACCAGAAGAUUCAACUAAGCCAGUUGAUGAACAAACUGAAAAGAUAAAUAGAAGAAGAAAUAAGCAACAAAGACAACGCGAAUAUUUUGUCAAAUGGCAAGAUCAAAGCUAUUGGAAAUGUGACUGGGUGUCUGAAGUUCAAAUGGAAGUUUUUCAUCCUAUAACAAUUCGAAGUUAUAUGCGGAAGUUUGAUAUGGAUGAACCACCUAAAUUAGAAGAACCAUUAGAUGAACUUGACAAUCGGUGGAAAAGACUUCGUGAAGUUGGUGGAGAUCAGUCUGCCUUGGAAGAAAAGUUUUAUAGAUAUGGAGUUAAACCAGAAUGGCUGUUAGUACAUAGAGUUCUAAAUCAUAAGCAUUUAAGAGAUGGUCGAAUGAUGUAUUUAGUAAAAUGGCGUGACUUGCCAUAUAGCUCAUCUACAUGGGAACAUGAAAAUGCUGAAUAUACUGAUUUAAAAUCAUUCAUUGACUAUUACUGGGACUUAAGAGCAUCUUGUGAUCAAUCAAAGAAAAAUAAAAAGGUAAAAGGAAAGAAGAGUAGCAGCAAGAAAGAUUCCAUAGAUGAUGAAGAAACCCCUAAAGCAACAGUUGGACUUACUUGUCGCAAAUUUGUACCAGCACCUGAUAAACCUGUAACAGAUUUAAAAAAGAAAUAUGAAAAGCAACCUGAUUAUGUAGUAGAUACUGGCAUGGAAUUGCAUCCUUAUCAGUUAGAAGGUUUAAAUUGGUUAAGGUAUUCUUGGGGUCAAGGCAUUGAUACUAUAUUGGCUGAUGAAAUGGGUCUUGGAAAAACUAUUCAAACCAUUACAUUUUUGUAUUCCCUUUAUAAAGAAGGACAUUGUAAAGGCCCAUUUUUAGUGAGUGUUCCACUCUCAACACUUAUCAAUUGGGAGCGUGAAUUCGAAACAUGGGCACCAGAUUUUUAUGUUGUAUCAUAUGUUGGAGAUAAAGAUUCUAGGGUGACAAUUAGAGAAAAUGAAUUUUCAUUUGAUGAUUCUCGUUCUGGUGUACGUUGUCAUAAGUUAAAAGGCACUGUUAAAUUCCAUGUUUUACUUACAAGUUAUGAGCUUAUUUCAAUAGAUGCACCAUUAUUAGGAUCAAUUGAGUGGGCUGUACUAGUUGUAGAUGAAGCCCAUAGGCUUAAAAGCAAUCAGUCAAAAUUUUUUAGGCUUCUGGCUGGCUAUAAUAUACGUAAUAAACUAUUAUUAACCGGUACACCUCUUCAAAACAAUUUGGAAGAAUUAUUUCAUUUGUUGAAUUUUUUGACACCUGAGAAAUUUAAUGAUUUAACAGUCUUUCAAAAUGAAUUUGCUGAUAUUUCUAAAGAAGAACAAGUUAAACGUCUUCAUGAAAUGUUAGGACCUCAUAUGCUCCGAAGAUUAAAAGCUGACGUUUUAAAGAAUAUGCCUUCAAAAUCAGAAUUUAUUGUUCGUGUUGAAUUAUCUCCAAUGCAAAAAAAAUAUUAUAAAUAUAUAUUAACUAGAAAUUUUGAAGCAUUAAAUCCUAGAGGUGGUGGACAGCAAGUGUCUUUAUUAAAUAUUAUGAUGGAUUUGAAAAAGUGUUGUAAUCACCCAUACCUAUUUCCUUUGGCUUCUCAAGAAGCACCAACAACAAUCAAUGGAAGCUAUGAAAUUGGUGCUCUUACCAGAGCAGCAGGAAAGCUAGUUUUAUUAUCUAGGAUGCUUAGAAAACUUCAUGAAACAAAUCACAGAGUUUUAAUAUUUUCUCAAAUGACAAAAAUGUUGGAUAUUCUUGAAGAUUAUCUUGAAGGAGAAGGUUAUAAGUAUGAAAGAAUUGACGGUUCUAUAACAGGUAAUCAAAGACAGGAAGCCAUCGACAGAUUUAAUGCUCCUGGUGCUCAACAGUUUGUGUUUUUACUCUCAACAAGGGCCGGUGGUUUGGGAAUUAAUUUAGCAACUGCUGAUACAGUUAUUAUUUAUGAUUCUGAUUGGAAUCCUCAUAAUGAUAUACAAGCUUUUUCAAGAGCUCAUCGUAUUGGUCAAGCUAAUAAGGUUAUGAUAUAUCGUUUUGUCACAAGAAAUUCUGUUGAAGAAAGGGUUACUCAAGUUGCCAAAAGAAAAAUGAUGUUAACUCACUUAGUUGUUAGACCUGGUAUGGGAGGAAAACAAACCAAUUUUACGAAACAGGAGUUGGAUGAUAUAUUACGAUUUGGGACUGAAGAACUGUUUAAAGAAGAAGAGGGUAAAGAAGAAGAAGCUAUUCAUUAUGAUGACAAAGCUGUCGAAGAGCUAUUAGAUCGUUCUAAAAUUGGUAUUGAACAAAAAGAAAAUUGGUCAAAUGAGUAUUUGUCAUCCUUUAAAGUUGCUAGUUACGUUACUAAAGAAGAAGAUGAAGAAGAAGAAGCCAAUACAGAAGUUAUUAAACAAGAAGCUGAGAAUACUGAUCCUGCAUAUUGGGUAAAAUUACUUCGUCACCAUUAUGAGCAACAUCAAGAAGAUAUUUCUCGAACAUUGGGUAAAGGGAAACGAGUUAGAAAGCAGGUUAAUUACAAUGAUGGAGGUGGUGUAGUAGACUCUACUCGAGAAGAUACUACUUGGCAAGAACACUUGUCUGAUUAUAAUUCAGAUAUUUCUGUUCCAUCAGAUGAUGAUAAAGAAGAUGACGACUUUGAUGAAAAGGAUGGAGAAGUUAAAAAACUUAAACGUAAACCUGAAAGAAAAGAAGAUAGAGAUCGGCCUUUGCCUCCUUUAUUAGCUAGAGUUGGUGGAAACAUUGAGGUACUUGGAUUUAAUGCUCGUCAAAGAAAGGCUUUUUUAAAUGCAAUUAUGAGAUAUGGAAUGCCACCUCAAGAUGCUUUUAAUUCUCAAUGGCUUGUAAGAGAUUUAAGGGGUAAAUCAGAAAAAAAUUUCAAAGCAUAUGUUUCAUUAUUCAUGCGUCAUUUAUGUGAACCUGGUGCUGAUAAUUCUGAAAAUUUUGCUGAUGGUGUUCCUCGUGAAGGUUUAAGUCGACAACAUGUACUUACUAGAAUUGGUGUGAUGUCCCUUAUUCGUAAGAAGGUUCAAGAAUUUGAAGAAAUAAAUGGUUUCUACAGUAUGCCAGAACUUAUUCGUAAACCCAUACAAACUAUAAAAGCAGCUGAUGCGUCUACUAGUUCCACACCAUUACCACGUUCUGAAGCUUCAACACCUACUACUACUGUGUCUGAAAAAGUUGAAGUUGAAACUGAAUCUAAACCUUUGGAUACUGAUGAAAAAUUAAAAGCAACAUUAGCAACUCCUGAAAUUAAGUCUGAUGAAGUAACAUUAGAAGAAGGUACUCCUAUUGUAGUUAAAACAGAAAAUGAAUUAUCUGCUAAAGCAGAGACUAAAGAAGAAUCAAGUGUUAUUUGUAAAGAAGAACAUGGAGCACUAGAUCUUCAAAAAGAAAAACCACAAGAGGAAAAAAUAACAGAAAAAGAAAAUACCCAAGAAAGCACUACUGUUGAUAUUAAAGCCGAAGUGCUUGAUACACCAACAGAACAAAAAGAAACUAAUUCAAUAGGAACAUCUGAACUUGAAAAAAAAGAAGAAGAAAAAGGAUCUGAACCGCUUGUAACUGAAAAUAAAGAAGAAGAAAAGAAAUCUGCUGAAGCUACCGCAAAAGCAUUGCAAGCAGAUGAUGAAGCUAAGAAGAAAUUAUUAGAAGAAGCGGAAAGAGCUAAAAUAGCUGCUGGUAUUGGAUCGGAAAAUGAUAAAGAAGAUAAGAUAACUAGGAAGUUUAUGUUUAAUAUUGCUGAUGGUGGUUUUACUGAACUACAUACAUUGUGGGUAAACGAAGAAAAAGCUGCAGUCCCUGGGCGUGAAUAUGAAAUCUGGCACAGAAGGCAUGAUUAUUGGUUAUUGGCGGGUAUUGUAACACAUGGCUAUGGUCGUUGGCAAGAUAUUCAAAAUGAUAUUCGAUUUGCUAUUAUCAAUGAACCGUUUAAAAUGGAUGUAGGCAAAGGAAACUUUUUAGAAAUCAAGAACAAAUUUUUGGCAAGAAGAUUUAAAUUAUUAGAACAAGCUCUGGUAAUUGAAGAACAACUUAGACGAGCUGCUUAUUUGAAUCUUACACAAGAUCCAAAUCAUCCAGCAAUGUCAUUGAAUGCUAGGUUUGCUGAAGUAGAGUGCUUAGCUGAAUCACAUCAACACUUGUCCAAGGAAAGUCUAGCAGGGAAUAAACCUGCUAAUGCUGUUCUUCAUAAAGUGUUGAAUCAGCUCGAAGAACUUUUGUCAGAUAUGAAGUCUGAUGUAAGCAGAUUACCUGCAACAUUAGCUCGUAUUCCACCAGUUGCCCAAAGACUUCAAAUGUCUGAAAGAUCAAUAUUAUCACGUUUGGCUGCUACUACAUCUUCAGCCACUUCUACUACCCAGCAACAACCUGGAGUCGGAACAAUAAGUAAUCAAUAUCCUAAUGGUUUUCAAAAUGGACAAUUAAAUGGUGCAUUUGGCAAUACAAAUUUCACUAACUUCAGACCCCAGUAUUCAGUUCCUGGACAACAAACAUCAUCAUCUAGCACUGCAUAAGUUACAUUUCAUAUUCAUCAAAAACCUUUUUUAUUAUUUCAUUUCUAGAUCUCUACAUCUAAAACAGAAAAACA